CCGGCCUGGCCGAGGCGCCCGCAGUCCGCCCGGUGCGUGUGGGGAGGAAGCGGUCCUGGACGCUCAGCGACUGGCGGGGAUGGCCGCUCCGAUUACGCGGCAGGUCAGCGGCUGUGCGGCGACCCCAGCUCCAGCCGGCUCCGAGUGCGGGCAGCCCCUGGCGGACGCCGUGGCCGGGCUGCCGGUGCUGGACGCCGCCGGGGAGCCCAUACCGUUCGGCGCGCUGUUCCGGGAGCGCCGGGCCGUGGUGGUCUUUGUGCGGCAUUUCCUGUGUUACAUCUGCAAAGAGUAUGUGGAAGACCUGGCCAAAAUCCCCAGGAGCUUCUUACAGGAAGCAGAUGUCACCCUUAUAGUGAUUGGACAGGCAUCCUACCAUCAUAUUGAGCCUUUCUGCAAACUGACUGGAUAUUCUCAUGAAAUCUAUGUUGAUCCUGAGAGAGAAAUAUAUAAGAGAUUGGGAAUGAAAAGAGGGGAAGAAAUUGCCUCCUCAGGACAGAGCCCUCACAUAAAGUCAAAUCUGCUCUGGGGAAGUCUUCGGAGCCUAUGGCGAGCAGUGAAUAGCCCUCUUUUUGAUUUCCAAGGAGACCCUACUCAGCAAGGUGGAACUCUCAUUUUAGGUCCAGGUAACAACAUCCAUUUUAUACAUCGUGAUAAGAAUAGGUUGGAUCACAAACCUAUAAACUCUGUUUUACAGCUUGUAGGGGUUCAGCAGGUGAACUUCACAAGCAGACCUUCAGUCAUCAACGUGUAAUUCAUAUGGAAAUCUGCAGCUUACAAAUGGGCACUUAAAAUGUGACCUUAACAUCCUCA